AAAAUCUGACCACAUUUUCCCAUCCCGGGGCUGUUUUUCUGGUAUUUAACAAUGCAGCGGAGAUCAAGAGGGAUUAAUACUGGGCUUAUUCUGCUCUUUUCUCAAAUGUUCCAUGUUGGGAUCAACAAUAUUCCACCUGUCACCCUAGCAACUUUGGCUCUGAACAUUUGGUUCUUCUUGAAUCCUUUGAAGCCCCUGUAUUACUCCUGCCUUAGCGUGGAGAAGUGUUACCAGCAAAAAGACUGGCAACGUUUACUGCUUUCUCCCUUUCACCAUGCUGACGAUUGGCAUUUGUAUUUCAAUAUGGUGUCCAUGCUCUGGAAAGGCAUAAAUCUGGAAAGAAGACUGGGAAGUAGAUGGUUUGCCUAUGUCAUCACCACAUUCUCCCUACUCACUGGGGUAGUGUACCUGCUUUUGCAGUUUGCUGUUGCUGAAUUUAUGGACGAACCUGACUUCAGAAGGAGCUGUGCUGUAGGUUUCUCAGGAGUUUUGUUUGCUUUGAAAGUUCUUAACAACCAUUAUUGCCCUGGAGGCUUUGUCAACGUUUUGGGCUUUCCUGUACCCAACAAAUUUGCUUGUUGGGCAGAACUUGUGGCUAUUCAUUUCUUCUCACCAGGGACUUCCUUCGCCGGGCAUCUGGCUGGGAUUCUUGUUGGACUAAUGUACACUCACGGGCCUCUGAAGAAAAUCAUGGAAACAUGUGCAGGCAUUUUUUCUUCCAAUAUUGGUUACCCAGGACAGCAAUACUACUUUAAUAGUUCAGGCCACUCUGGGUAUCAGGAUCAUUAUCCAUAUGGCAGGCAAGGUUACUAUGAAGAAGCACCCAGGAACUAUGAUAUGUACACAGCAGGACUGAGUGAAGAGGAACAGCUGGAGAGAGCUCUAAGAGCCAGCCUCUGGGACCGAGGAAAUACCAGAAACAGCCCCCCAGCCUAUGGGUUUCGUCUCUCACCAGAAGAAGAAAUGAGGAGACAGCGGCUUCACAGAUUUGAUGGCCAGUGAGGUGGCUGAGCGUCUUAGGAAGAUGUGAUCCAGUUGUGUGCUUAUUGCCCAUUUGGUUUAUUCUCCAAGUCCCUAAUCCAUUUUAAACAAAAGCAGAGUACACUGUUGUGGCCCCAUAUUGUUCACAUCUGCCUUGGGCCAUCAUCCUACGGUCAUUGUGAGUCCAGAUUCACAAGCCAGAUUGGCUGGUCUUUAGACCAGGCUUGCUGAGCGCAGCCCACAGCUUUCUGGGAGCAGCCCUUCUCCUGGCACUGUUCUCUCUCACAAACAGAAGGCCCACUUUCUCAACAAAGGGACCACUAACACACUCCUCUCUCUCUCUCUGCUGACUCAGUGGUGCCUCUGGUUUGUCUUGCUCUGGAAGACUGUGACCUUCACCAGGUUUUGUUUCCACCAGUUGGGAAGAUCAGUUCCUCAUUCUGCCUGGAGUGCUCAGUGUGUGACUUGGCAGAAGGUUAGGAGCCAUCCCCUCAUCCUGCUGGCACGUGGCCAUGGUGACUGUCCAGGAACAGGCUGUGGCUGCCUUUGCAGCAUGUUGUUCUCUUCUCCCUUACCCAGGUACAUCGUCUUUCGGCCCCCCUGCGUCUGGGAGGUGUUCACUGUGUACUUUCUUUGCUCCUGUACUGCUCUGCUUUUAUAGAAGUUUUAUUGAAAAAGCAGAAGAAAGAUCUAAGGUGGGGAAAACAGCUGUAUACUCCAUCAGCUAUCAGGUGACACCAGCAAUUUGGGUUUACAGCCGCCCCUCCAGUGACAAUGUGUGUACCCAAGACAUAGGACUUGCUAUUAACUAAUCAGCAAAGCAGCAGCAGGUGCCACACACAGAGCAAAGGCAUUUAGUGGAUUGGUCACUAGAAAUCCUUCUUGCAGAAAGUAUUUUCUCCCUCAUAAAAGUGCCUCUUAAUUGGCCACUGUAACAGCCUCUUGUCCUGGCUAAGUGUCCAAAACAUACCCCUGGGCCCUAUAAUGUUAUAAUGCACAGACUGUCUGGGUCAUUUAAGGCAUUUCCUGGUGCUUGUGUUUUCGUGAAUAAAAGGACAAAGUCAAACACCUCUGAUGUCUUAUUGUUACAGAGAUAUUUAUUUUUAAAGAGUUAGAGGCAGAAAAUGAUCUUUUUUAAAAUUUACCAUUUAUAUAUAGUUUUCUGAUUAUGAAAGUAAUAGAUAUGCCUUCUAUAUGCAUAAGGCAAACAUCUGGAAUGAAGUAUACCCAAAUGUUAAGAGAUUAUCUUUGGGGCUGGAGUACAUGGGAUUUUGCUUUCUGCUUUUUUACAAUUUUAUAUUGCUGUAUUUUAAAAAUACAUGUAUGUACGAGGGUACUUCAAAAAGUUUAUAGAAAAACAGAAUUAAAAGAUAAUAUGAAUCUUUCAUGAACUUUUUGAAAUAUCUUUUCGUGCGUGUUUGUACUACUUUUGCAAUCAGGAAAACUGAUUUUUAUAAUAAUAAAUCAAGAAAUAUAUAAUCAGGAAAACUGACUUAAAAAUAAGUACUGUGUGUCUAUUGAGAAAAUAUGUAAUACAAAUAAAUACAUACACAAUUUUAAAAUCACCUGUAUUCCCACCACUUAGAGAUACCCAGGGUUGACAUGAGAGUAUUGCCUUCUCAGUUUUUCUUUGCAUACAUUUGACCAAUUUGGUGUAUAAGGACUAUGCAAUUUUGUAUCCUGUUCCUAAUCUGAAUUAGCCUGGGAGAGGCCUUAACACUUGCAUAUAGAUGAGCUAAGAAAACCACAGGAGUCCUGGGAGUACUUUGACCUGCCAGUUAGCACAAUGAUACCUGACUUUCUUGGGUUAAUUUAUAGUUAAUGUAAAACUACAGUUUGUUUAUAAUAUGAAAUGUACCUGUAAGUCUGGUAGCUUUAAACAUGUUGAAAUUAAAAUGUUCAAGCUAAAUGUCAUUCCUCUCUCCCAAACUCUAUAAAUUGCACUCCCAUUACCCCAAUUAGAAGUAACUUCUUUUUUAUGUGCCAUCUUUUCAUAACACAUAGUAAUUUUAUUAAAACACUUAUAUCUUG